AUGCUGGAGAAUGGCUCCCUGAGGAACUGCUGCGACCCGGGUGGGCGAGGCCGCUUCGGCUUGGCGGAGCGGGAGGCGGCGGGUGCCCCGCGGCCCGCCUGGGUGGUGACGGUGCUCUCCAGCGUGCUGAUCUUCACCACCGUGGUGGACAUCUUGGGCAACCUGCUGGUCAUCGUCUCCGUCUUCAAGAACCGCAAGCUCAGGAACUCAGGUAAUGCAUUUGUGGUGAGCCUAGCUUUGGCUGAUCUGGUGGUGGCCUUGUAUCCAUACCCACUGGUGCUCUUAGCUAUUUUCCACAAUGGAUGGACGUUGGGUGAAAUGCACUGUAAAGUGAGUGGCUUUGUGAUGGGACUAAGUGUAAUAGGCUCUAUUUUCAACAUCACUGCAAUUGCAAUAAACCGAUAUUGCUAUAUAUGUCAUAGUUUUGCUUAUGACAAAGUGUACAGCUGUUGGAACACGAUGCUGUACGUCUCCUUAGUCUGGGUAUUAACAGUAAUUGCAACUGUGCCAAAUUUUUUUGUUGGCUCUUUAAAGUACGAUCCACGCAUCUAUUCAUGCACAUUUGUUCAGACUGCAAGCUCCUACUAUACGAUAGCUGUUGUGGUAAUUCACUUCAUCGUCCCUAUCACCAUUGUGAGUUUCUGCUACCUUCGAAUUUGGAUUUUAGUGCUCCAAGUUAGAAGACGAGUCAAGUCAGAAACAAAGCCAAGACUGAAGCCAAGUGACUUCAGAAACUUUCUUACCAUGUUUGUGGUUUUUGUGAUAUUUGCCUUUUGCUGGGCACCUCUAAACUUCAUUGGACUGGCUGUGGCCAUUGAUCCUAUGGAAAUGGCACCAAAAGUUCCUGAAUGGUUAUUCAUUAUAAGCUAUUUCAUGGCCUAUUUCAACAGCUGCCUUAAUGCAAUAAUAUAUGGACUUCUUAACCAGAAUUUUCGGAAUGAAUACAAACGAAUUUUAAUGUCACUGUGGAUGCCAAGGCUUUUCUUCCAGGACACAUCCAAAGGAGGAACUGAUUGUCAGAAGAGCAAGCCUUCUCCUGCUUUAAACAACAAUGACCAAAUGAAAACUGAUACCUUGUAA